GCGUUGACAGACCGACGAGACUGUUUCAAAUAGACUGUCGCUUCAUUUUCAGGGUCUUUGGCCAGGAACGCUUUGUAAUGUCACCUGGCCCGUGCUAAUUAGCUACUGAGACGGACUAUUCUAACUAACGGAAUGCUAUAUUAAGUGCUGUUGCGAAUGCACUUCUGGUGAACUUCUCUCUCUCUCUCUCUUUCUGCGCGAAACAUUUCGGACAAUCCUCGGUUUGUAACCAUGGCUGAGAAACGACGGUCCCCGUGUACGAUGAGCCUCAAGGCGCACGCAUUUUCGGUGGAAGCGCUCAUUGGCACGGAGAAAAAAAGAAAGUUGGAGGAGGACAACGAAAACUGUUUUGAGGAAGAAAACGAGGUGUCGAACCUGACAGAAAGUUCGCAAGCCCAGGGUGGGAGAACUUGCUCAAGAAGUUGCGAGAUAGACUGCCCUAGCGACGAAUCCCCGGAUUCUGAAGACGUGUUGCUGGAUAGCCCACAAUCGGCAUCGCAAGGCUCUCAUGUCCUCGGACAAUCAGGCACGAGCUCCGGGGAGGAGAUGCGCGUGGACCUGCAGGGCUCAGACCUAUGGAAGCGAUUCCACGAGAUAGGAACCGAAAUGAUCAUCACUAAAGCCGGCAGGCGGAUGUUUCCCGCAAUGCGGGUUAAGAUUACAGGCCUAGAUCCUCAUCAGCAGUAUUAUAUCGCUAUGGAUAUUGUUCCUGUCGACAACAAACGGUACAGGUACGUGUACCACAGCUCAAAGUGGAUGGUUGCGGGAAACGCAGAUUCUCCGGUCCCGCCUCGAGUCUACAUUCAUCCUGAUUCUCCUGCUUCCGGUGAGACGUGGAUGCGUCAAGUUAUAAGCUUCGACAAACUGAAACUGACCAAUAAUGAGCUGGACGACCAAGGCCAUAUCAUUCUGCACUCCAUGCACAAGUACCAGCCCCGUGUCCACGUCAUCCGUAAGGAGUGCGGGGAAGAACUCUCACCCGUUAAGGCAGUUCCCACUGGGGAUGGUGUCAAGUCAUUCUCCUUUCCUGAAACUGUCUUCACAACAGUGACUGCUUACCAAAAUCAACAGAUAACAAGACUGAAAAUCGACAGGAAUCCAUUUGCAAAAGGCUUCAGAGACUCAGGAAGAAACAGGAUGGGACUAGAGGCUUUGGUUGAGUCAUACGCAUUUUGGAGGCCCUCACUCAGGACUCUGACAUUUGAGGACAUUCCUGGACUCACCAAACAAGGUGCAGCUCCUUCCCACGGUGUGGUCGGGUCCUCAGCGCAUCUGCUGUCCUCAUCCUCAUGCUCUUCCCCUACUUUCCACCUAGCUUCUGGGCCGGGGCCAAUUUGUGAUUACUCCGCCUGCAGUCGAACAAGCCACCCACUUCAUCGCUAUGCCCCGCCUCUCUCUGCAGAAUCCUACAGUCGAUUGGCUAGUCCCGGAGCAGAUGCCUUUUCCACUACAAGAAGCUCCACUUAUGGGGCUGAGAGCGAGGCUUUCUCGUGCACACAAAGCGGCCUGCCAAUCCAGAUCCACAGCAUGCCAAGCACAACCUCCCAGCUUCAGUACCUAAUGCCCAGCCAUACUCAUAAUGCCUUCUCCACCAAUCAAAGCACACAAGGAUCUUAUAACGGGUUCCGCCUGCACAGUCCAUAUGGUCUCUACGGUUACAACUUCUCCACUUCUCCCCGACUGGCCACCAGCCCUGAAAAGGCAGCCGCCACACAAAGUUCAUUCCUAGGCUCCUCCCCUAGCGGAACGUUGACGGACAGACAACUUUUAUCCACUGUGGAUGGUCUUCAUAUGCUCAGUAGUAGUCAACAGAAUCUUUUUGACUCGAGGACUUUGGGGUUGACAAGCUCCGCCUCCCAGGUAACAGCACACAUGGCUUGAACUGUGAACCAUGAAGAACAAAACCUCUCCAAUGGACUUUAUAGACAAGAGGACAAAACUCUGAUGAGAAUGUAUUCUCUAAUGUCAUAAUUUAUAACCUGUUGGACAUUUCACUCUCGCAAAAGGAUAUCACAAAGAAAAAAAGACAAUGGCAUAUAGGGAAAAGGACAAUUGUGAGAAGUCCGCAAUCUCAGUUAUGUAUUGUGUAAAGAUUUUACAUUGAGGAUAUUUUAAAUAGUCAUUCUGAUGAACUGUAUACAGAAAUGACCAUUACUGGACAUCAGGGUAAGAGAAGUGCCUGAAAAUGUAAAAAUGCUUUACACACCCACACUUUUCCACAUGCACACAUGGUUUUACAGCACAAACAGGACAACAGCCAUAGGAGUGUGAGGAGUUCAACAAAUGUGAGUCUGUCCUCCUCAGCUUCUAAUGGACAAUGAAACAAUUUUUGGCACUUAAGAUGAGUGCAGGGGAGCCAAAAAACAGGAAAUGAUGUCACAAAGGAGUAAUUAUCAAUCAAGAAACACAGGUUUAAAAACUAAUUGUUACAUUCAAAGUACUUGUAGAAAUGAAAGUGGUCACUAUGCUGACAAUCACCUAUUGAAUGUUUGACAGACAUUUGACUUUUUGAGGUUUUCACCUCAAAUACAUCCAACCAGCGUCCACAGCUGUUAAUGUGGUUUAAUCUGAAACUGGAUUAGGGUUGGAAUAAGGAAAUGUGGCCUAGUGUUUACAAAUUCUCUCCAAAUUGAAGGGCUUUUGCUGGAUCAGCACUGCUGUCUGGUGUCUUGGAACGGACGGGGCAGAAGGAAAUCUGAUCCAGGAUGAUAAUUCUCACACUUUAUAAAUACAACCAAUGGGAUUCUGCAAAAGGAUUAUAGUCUUGCCAUGAGAUACGUGCUGAUUCCAGGUCAGCUCUCUCUUACUGUACAGGUUCCAAGGACUGUAAAAAUCACUUUUUUAGAUUUUCCUUUGGACAUGUUAGCUUUCGCUACGCCUGUCUUUUUAAUGUAAUUCUUCACGAAUAUGAAGAUGAAUAUUAUUAAUACUGUGUUAAGAUUUCACUUGCACUUACACUAUGGCAAAUAUAAAUACUUGCUUUUUAAGUGAUGGGCUUCUUGCCGGAAUGGCCACAACAGAUACUUUCUCCAUGUUUGAGACUGGUUGGCCUGAGAAAGAAAGAUAUUUGAGCCAAAUAAAAUAUAUCAAUAUGGU